UGAAAGAGCUCAUUAUCUCAUGACUAUGGCGUCUAUCACCCGUGUCUUGCGGCCUCUCUCCCGCACCGUACCCUCUCUCCGCCCCGCCGCUAUCCGACCCUUGGCCAGUCGUCCCCUUCAGAGCACUUAUGCAUUCUCUACUACAUGUCGCCGGCGGGAAGCCGAUCUGACCGGCCUCACGCCGACGCCAAUCACACACCUUUCCGAAACCGAGUCAAUGAUGGCCGAGACAGUGUCCAAAUUUGCUGAGGAGCAGAUUGGCCCGAAAGUGCGGGAGAUGGAUGAAGCAGAGACUAUGGACCCCGCUCUGGUAGAGCACCUAUUCGAGCAAGGUAUCAUGGGCAUUGAGAUCCCCGAAGAAUUCGGUGGUGCAGGCAUGAACUUCACAGCGGCGAUUGUGGCUAUUGAGGAACUUGCUCGUGUCGACCCUAGCGUCAGUGUCCUGGUUGAUGUUCACAACACUCUUGUCAACACUGCAUUCAUCAAGUGGGGUGACGCCCAGGUCCAACGGACGUGGCUGCCAAAGCUGGCUACCGGCACGGUUGGCUCCUUCUGUCUCUCCGAGCCUGUCUCUGGCUCAGAUGCCUUUGCCCUCCAGACAAAGGCCGAGAAGACGGCAGACGGGUAUAAAUUGAACGGAUCCAAGAUGUGGAUUACCAACUCCAUGGAGGCAGGUGUCUUCAUCGUCUUCGCCAACCUGAAUCCCAGCAAGGGGUACAAGGGUAUUACUGCCUUCAUUGUUGAGAAGGACACCCCCGGAUUCUCUAUUGCGAAGAAGGAGAAGAAGCUCGGCAUCAAGGCCAGCAGCACCUGCGUGCUCAACUUCGAUGACGUUGUCAUCCCUAAGGGUAACCUUCUUGGUGAGGAAGGCCAGGGUUAUAAAUAUGCCAUUGGUUUACUCAACGAAGGACGUAUCGGCAUUGCUGCUCAGAUGACCGGUUUGGCACUAGGGGCAUGGGAAAAUGCUGCAAAAUACGUCUGGAACGACCGCCGACAAUUUGGGCAACUUGUUGGAGAGUUCCAAGGCAUGCAGCACCAGAUCGCGCAAGCCUACACUGAGAUUGCCGCCGCCCGCGCCCUCGUCUACAAUGCGGCUCGCAAGAAGGAAGCGGGUCAGGAUUUCGUUCAGGACGCCGCUAUGGCCAAGCUUUACGCCUCACAGGUAGCCGGCCGCGUUGCUGGCUCGGCUGUCGAGUGGAUGGGCGGCAUGGGCUUCGUCCGCGAGGGCAUCGCGGAGAAGAUGUUCCGUGAUAGCAAGAUCGGAGCAAUUUACGAGGGAACGAGUAACAUCCAGCUGCAGACGAUCGCGAAGUUGUUGCAGAAGCAAUACACGCGAUGAAUAUAGAAAACCCUGUUUCUGCUCAAGGUUCUGGUUUCCCAGUGCGCAGCUGGAGAGACGAUCAUGAACUAGAGUGAAGCCGGGCCCAGUUGUAGCUGUGUAGCUGUGCUGGGUACGCUUCCCGCUGGAACACGCCAACCUGGGUUUCAACUAUGCCCUCUUUUAUCUACCUUCAACGAACGGGACAAACCAUGAUGACGACAAUUGCAUAAUAUGACCUGUUUAGUACGGGAUCAAACCCAGGUACGGCACAUCCGUAUAGAAAAGAGAAAUAUAGUGCCGCAAACAGCACGUUCCAAAUGGG